AUGAUUGUUUCUUCUCUUGCAGCCAGACCUCUUGUACAUAAAGUAAAAUAUAAUAGACUUCAUAGGGAUGAUUUUGAAACUUUAAAAGUGAUUGGAAGAGGGGCAUUUGGAGAGGUAGCAGUAGUGAAAUUGAAAACCACAGAUAAUGUAUAUGCUAUGAAAAUAUUGAAUAAAUGGGAAAUGUUGAAAAGAGCAGAGACUGCAUGUUUUCAAGAAGAACGAGACGUGUUAGUGUACGGAGACAGUAGAUGGAUAACCAAUCUUCACUAUGCCUUUCAGGACGAUGAAUUUUUGUAUCUGGUAAUGGACUAUUACAAUGGUGGCGACUUACUCACCUUGCUUAGUAAAUUUGAAGACAGACUGCCAGAGGACAUGGCCAGGUUUUACGUUGCCGAGAUGAUCUUGGCGAUUGACUCGGUACACCAGUUGCGAUAUGUGCACCGCGACGUGAAGCCAGACAACGUACUGCUGGAUCAGUAUGGGCAUGUCCGCUUGGCGGACUUCGGAUCUUGUCUGAAACUUCAAGAGGACGGAACGGUGCAGUCUAAUGUAGCAGUAGGAACACCAGAUUAUAUUUCACCUGAAAUUCUACGGGCAAUGGAAGACGGCAAAGGCCGAUAUGGUGCAGAGUGUGACUGGUGGUCGUUGGGCGUCUGCAUGUACGAGAUGCUAUUUGGUGAAACACCAUUCUAUGCGGAAUCGCUUGUGGAAACGUAUGGUAAAAUUAUGAAUCACAAGGUGAGUUCGCUGAGUGACUUGGGCUCUCUGGUAAACGCCGAGCGUGUAACAAUAGAAGAUGAAAAUAUCGGUACUCUAGCGGUUGAAGCGUACGAAAGGAGAAUUAAACGAUUGGAAAAUGAGAAGUCAGAGUUAACAAGGAAACUCCAAGAUACUACCCGAGCCCUUCAUCAAACAUCCCAAAGCAAUGCCUUGGAUGCAGCUCCAUCGUCACCUGGCAGGAGGAUAAGCAAUUCCAUGGCAACAGAACCUGAAAUGCGUAGACUCCGAGAUGAAGUGUUAUUGUUGAAAAAGAAAAUACAAGAAUCGCAAUCAGAAACCAACCACGUGGAGCGGGAUUUGAAAGAAGCCAUAGCAAUUAGGAAAGAACUGGAAAACAUAGAUGGUGACAGGAACAGUCGGAUAAAAUUGAUGGAGAGAGAUAACAAGAGGCUGAAGAUUGAAAAAGAAGAAAUGCAACGAGAAUUGGAACAGAUGCACGACCGGUACAAAUCGCAGACCAAGGAACUGAAAGAAGCACAGACUCAGAGGAAACUAGCGAUGCAGGAGUUCUCCGAUCUCAAUGAUAGGUUGUCUGACCUGAGGUCACAGAAACAGAAAUCAUCUCGGCUGGUCCGUGAGAAAGAGGAAGAACUCGAGCAUGCCAUGCAGAAAGUGGAUAUGAUGCGACAAGACGCAAGGAAGUCUGAGAAAAUGAGAAAAGAGGUAUGGAUGAUACAUUUUUGGAGAAAUGGGGAGGGGCCACGUAAGAUUUGUAUGUGUCUAAAAAUAGCCAUUGACUUUGACAUUAGGUUGAACUUGAUAUUUAAGCGAGCAUUGGGUCGUACACCAAGCACCAGUGGACUGAACAAGCAGCAGGAACUUGCCAAGUUAAAAGCUACUAUGGAGAAGCGAGAUGUGAUGUAUGAGGAAAACUUAACCAAAGAAAAAACGAGACAUAUUAAUGAAGAAAAAAAACUACGGGAACAGUUGCUGGACUCGGAAAACAAUGUACAACGCUUGGUUGGAGAAAUCAAAGUAAUAAAAGAAAAAUUGGAAAACUCGCGCAGAGCCAAUGUUUCAGAUCAUGAAGAAAAGAUCUCUGAUCUACGAAGGAAAUACGAACGUGAAAUGGCCAUAGUUCAAGAAGACAACAAGAAACUGCAAAUGGAUGUAGAUAGGGCAAACUCACAAAUGGAAAAAAUGAACCGUAUUAACAGGCAGCUUGAAGAGGAGAUGCGUGAGCUAUCAGACAAGAAAGACUCGGUAGCACAUUGGGAGGCACAGAUAGCAGAAAUUAUACAAUGGGUGAGUGAUGAGAAAGAUGCCAGAGGAUAUUUACAAGCGUUAGCGACCAAGAUGACUGAAGAACUAGAAGGCCUGAAGAUGACAGGAGUGGGAGGGCCAACACGAGUAAGAGACCUUGGUGAUCUGGACACGAUGCCGCCACAUCCACCUGAACCCGAUUAUUUGGAGCCGAGGGAAGCUGCCAAGUCGGUGAGCUCAUCCCAAGUCAGCACUGACAGUGAUAGCGAUAUUAUGGAGGACACGCCACCACCACCUCCGCCACCAACAGUUUAUCCAGCUCCGAAGCCGAUAUUUGUCACUCCAAAACCCAAAGCUCACCAGUUUGUGGUGAGAACGUUUGGUACUCCUGUCAAAUGCAAUCAUUGUACCUCUCUCAUGAUUGGCCAGGUGAGACAAGGAACUGUUUGCGAAGUUUGCCACUUUGCCUGCCACACUGCCUGUGCAGAGAAAGCGCCGCAAGUCUGUCCGAUACCGGCAGAUCAAACUAAAAGGCCACUGGGAAUCGACCCUACUCGUGGUAUUGGCACUGCCUACGAAGGAAACUUGAAGAUUCCCAAACCCGGUGGAGUACGCAAAGGAUGGAUGAAGCAGUUCGCCGUAGUUUGCGAUUUUAAACUUUUCCUUUUUGAGAUGCCAGAAGGAAAAAACGCACAGCCAACAACCUUCCUCACUCAUGUGAUUGAUAUGAGGGAUGAAGAGUUUUCAGUUUCGUCAGUGUUAGCAUCUGAUGUAAUACACGCUUUUAAACGAGAUAUUCCUUGUAUAUUUAGGGUGACAGCUUCACAGCUGCAGCAGGGAGCUAAGGCGCAAAUACUUUUAUUAGCAGACACCGAAAAUGACCGUAUCAAGUGGGUUGGUGCCCUCUCCGAAUUACACAAAGUACUUAAGAAAAAUAAAUUGCCCGAUAGGUCGGUUUUUAGAGCGAGAGAAGUUUGUGAUAACUCACUUCCACUCAUCAGGGUGGCUCAGUGUGCUGCUGUUGUAGAUCCGGAUCGGGUUUUACUGGGUACAGAUGAAGGCAUGUUUUGUAUAGACUUACCCAAAGAUGAAAUUCUGCGUAUAGGUGACGGCAAGCGAGCCUAUCAAAUAGAAGUCUUGCACGAUGAACAAAUGCUCGUAGUGAUUUCUGGUAAAGGUCGGCACUUACGACUGUUUCCUAUGACGGCCUUGGAUGGUUACGAAAUGGAGGGGAUCAAGUUACAAGAAACCAAAGGUUGCAGUAUGUUUACAAUAGGAACAAUUCGACAAGGUUCGACGACGUGUAUAUGUGCUGCCGUUAAGAGACACGUCUUUGUUUAUGAACUCAAUCGCACUAAGAUUAGACACAAGAAAAUCAAAGACAUACAACUGCCGAACAGUGCUCAGUGGUUGGGUGUCUUUGGAGGACGUUUAAUUGCCGGAUAUGUGUCUGGUUUUGGUGUAUUUUCAAUACAAGGGGAAGGUUUCCCGCAUACUUUGUUGAACCCGGAGGAUGCGUCGUUGAAGUAUUUAAUGACUAGUCCUGUGGACGCACUGUGUGCCGUUGAAGUCAGCAGCAAGGAGUUCUUACUCUGUUUUGCCACAUUGGGUGUUUAUGUAGAUAUCAAUGGACGUCGGUCUAGCUUUCAAGAACUAAUGUGGCCAUCACCACCAGUAGCAAUCACUUAUUCAAAGCCUUACUUAACUGUAUAUAGCGAGUCAGCAGUUGACAUCUUCGAUGCUCUCAAGAUGGAGUGGCUGCAGACUAUUCCUAAUAAACAGACAAAGCCACUGUCACAUGACGGUAGUAUGAAUGUUAGUUUAGUCACAGAAGGACACAUGCCAAGGUUGCUGUUCUUUCACAAUAUUGCAUGUGAUAAUGCUAUCAACCUGCGGAUACCAGACAUGCCAUUCCAUAAGCGACAACAAAUGCAGCGGCAGCAAAGUAAGAGAAGGUUCUCGUUCAAGACGAGAGAAGAUGAGCGGGUAGCGAGAAAGAUCAGUAGCAUGAAAUCGCUGAUAUCGGGGCCCAUGAACUUCAACCACAUUUCUCACAUGGGGCCAGGUGACGGCUUACAGAUAUUGAAAGACCUUCCAGUGACAGUUCGGCACUCUGACGAGACGCAGCGGCGUGACAUAGAACGAGUUAAGAGUAUGUUCCAGCCACCUGUAGCAGCAGUUGGUCAGGGGGGACACAGACGUCCAGUGAGCACCCACAGUGCUUCACCUGCGCUCAGUGGCAUCAACGGCAAUACACGAGGAUCACCACCACAUGGCUCACCACAGCGGUCGGCCGGUCCACCGUCAGACAGUUCAACGACAUCUUCUCAAGACAACUCCCAGAAGAGUUUCUCUAUGGCUGAGGACGAACGGGAUUGUUCUCUAGAUCUAUCAUCACACUCGCCUAGGCACUCGAUAGCAUCCAAUAACAGUUCGUUGAGCAGUCCUUCAACCCCUCACCGAACGAGUUAUGUCGACCCUGACCAGACAUCAACGGGAUGGGACAGCAUGGCGUAGUGUAGCACACGUAUUUCUGUAAAUAGUUGCCUUAUAUAGUCUACCAUGUAGUCGGCUUUUUUUUUUAUAUAUAGAAAUAUGAAAAGAAAAAGCAAUGAGAAACCUAUUCAGUUUGAAUUAUAACUUUGACAAGCAUUUAAACAUAAUGCCGACACCAGCACAUAGUAGCAUUCGAUUGAACAUGAACAGUGUGUGCAUUUUUUUUUUUUUUUUUUUUAAAUGGUGGGUGGGGUGAGACGGUGUGUUGGCUUUAAAGGGUGGCAUUUUUUUUAGCGGUGUUGCGUUUAGACUGGAAUUAGAAUUAUUUCACUAUGAUGAGUGCCUCUAACCUCCUCCCCCCUACUCCCUGUGAAUAUGUCAAUUUAUUCUCGGCAGAUGACAGCAUGGAAGUAGCCAUGAAAACCCAGCUGCUUGCAUCAUUUGACGGUGUUUUUAAAAAAAAGACAAAGACCAUAUAAAGACCACUGUAAAUUGUGUACCAUAAUUUCCAUAAUUUUGUACACAAAAAAUGAAAAACAUUUAUUAUUCUAACCAGGGAGUUUUUAAAACCCUGUUAUCUCUGCAUCUGAAAAAAAAAUAACAAUGGAACUACUGGUAGUCAGUACAUUUAGUCAUUUCACCUUGGUAAUCUCUUAUGUUCAUGCCACACCAUUCUUGUACAUGUAGUAUCAAGAAAAUGUACAAGAGCUAUUUUUUUGAGUAUGGUAUUAACAAAACCUUAAUCUACUGACAUGCAUUAUUAGGUAAAUUAGUCAAAUCAAAGACAUCCCAAAGUAAUGUGUUAAUGAUAUAAUAUACUUAUAAAGCUUGUAAUGAGAAAUUUGAAGGAAAAAAAAAAAAAAAGAUGAUAGCAAUUAUUUUUGUGAUGUUAUCAGAGAAACAGAAUUUGUUAUUUAAUUAAAAAAAAAUAACAAUAUGCAUAUAUAGUACCAACCAAACAAAUUUGGAAAUGGAAAACAAAAUAAUUACAAGCUUUGACCCAGUUGUACUUUUUUUUAAAAAAAAAAUAAGAAAGAAUGUUAAUUUCGUAUAAUUCUGCAAUUUUAUUUUUUUUGUGAACGCGAGACUCUGGUAUAUCGGGACCCAGUUGUAUCUUUUUUCGUAGUCGUAUAUUUGUGUACUGUCUUACAUUCUGCCAUGUUAAGCUCAGGUUGUUUGUUAUGCGCAUACACAUACACACGCACCCACACACACGUACACACACACACAUACUUACGCAAACUGCAGCCAAUGAUCACUAUCCUUUGAUUUUCCUCGUUUUUUAUGUAAAUUUAGAAAAUAGGAUUGGGGUAGGGGGGUUUACGAUAAGCUAAUGUGACGGUGUACGUCCCUUCCUCCAUAUAGAAAUUUAACAUAACGAGUGAUGGCGUUGCUUUAUGUCAUAUCCACCUUACUAUCGCGUAUCGCAUCAUCAGUCCUAACAACUAAAACCACUGUGGUGUUGUCGACUGAUGUAUUUAUUGGCCAAUGUUUUAUUUUAUUUUAUUUUUGUCUACCUUUGUUUUAUCUUUGUAAUUGCUUCUUCUUACUUGUUCAGACAAUCCCACAUAUUGUAAAGUUUCUUUUGUUUUUUAAAUGUAAAAAGUAAGAAAAAGAAAGGGGGUGGUGGUGGUCAGUAAUUACUUAGGUCAAGUGACCGUACACUAUCACAGAACAUUGCCUAGUUAAUGUUUCAAAUGGAGUCUCUGACACUGGUGCUAAUCAAAAGGAUUUAGACGGAUUUUCUUUUAAAUAAGAGAAGCCAGCAGUGUACUUUUCUUUUUGUAUCUAAUUUUUUCUACACUUUGUCAUUUUGAUUCUUAGUCGCUUUACAUGGAGGAAAAAAAGCAACCAACUGGAUAUUUUACAGUAACAUACGCUCUACCCUCUACACCCCCCCUCCCCUUCUUGCAGCCUUGACAAUUAUUUGUAAUUUGUCGAUACGGUUUGAGGACAUUUCAAAGUUCCCAAUAAUUUAGGUAGAGUUGUAUUUGGUUUGCAUUUUAUUUUAAAAUAGUUUAACAGUGUCUCGCUUUUUUCUGUUUUGUUUUUUAAGUCGAGCUAUUUGGUAUGUAAGUUAACUACAACAGAUAAAUUGACACAGCGUUUCAAACUAUGCAGUCGAUUAUUUGACCCCUCUACUUGGGGGAGGAUUUCUUGGCGUCGAUUCAAAUAUUAGAAGACUGUGUAAUGUGUUUGCAUAUUAGCAUGGACCUUAAUUACCCGGUAUAAGUCGUGUAUUUACCAGUGUCCUUUCUGCCCAAUUUACAAUAAUAAAUCCAUUUCUGUAAUA